AUGUCGCUCGUGUAUCUGCCUGAGAACGCGUGGUCCUUACGCUACGGCUCGGACUACUUCACUGUGGCCAUAAUCAAGUACUUAGUGAAGGAGGGCGAGUACGCACUGUACGAACUUCAGAUCCAGAGCGGGCGACGCAAUUGGAAGGUACUACGUCGCUUCAGCGAGUUCGACGGGCUGCAGUCGAGUGUGCGCUUCAAAGCUGGCGAGCGACUGCCUGAACUGCCGCCAAAGACGUAUUGCUGUAGGGACCUGAACCCGGACUUUCUGGCCAGACGCAAGGAGUUGCUGCAGGUUUUCUUGCAUCACUUGCUGCAGAUCCCAGGUAUUGCUGACGACGACCACGUACGCGAGUUCCUGGGCCUCAAGCUGGCCACGGAACUCUAUGUGUAAGCUACGAGACUCAAGACACUUCAUCAAUAAAGUGGCACU